AUGUCAGCGGAUUCUUCACAAGGUGCAUUUCGUGGCCUCCGUAGCCGGAACCCCCGCAGCAGCACGUCUUCUCCAUCUACACUCACGUGGGAACCUUCAAGAGAACGCAUUCCAGGAAUCCCAAACAACUCAGGAGAUAUUCCUUCUACCUAUUCUCAUCCACUAUCUCAAGACUACUCUCCAAGACCACAGCGAAAUUCCAACCUACGCUACGUUCUCUUGACUGACGCCCUCGAAACCCCCGAACAUUCAUCUACCUCUACACCCAGCCCUUCUUCGUUUAUUUCAAGUGAUGAGGAAUCCGACGAUCUAGAUGUGAAUGAAACGCCCACUCGCACCGCUAUCAUGUCGUCAGUGGAACGUCCCAAAUUGAAGCUGAAUUUUUCAAAGAACAGAGUUCCAAGUCAAGAAAGUGUCACUUCACCAGCUCCUCAGACUAUCCUUCGUACCCCUUCCCUAAAACUCCGUGUAAAACCCGAAGUCACCUCCGAAACCACAAACCCGACUACCUCCACUGCUGCUGCACCGCCGCCGAAGAAGAAGAAGCAGAGGAAGCCUGGGACGAAUGAUGCUACGCCUGGUUCCUCUGCAAAAAAACGCAAGCAGCCGGAUGAGGAUGGCUCGGACGAUGAGCUUUCAAGGAAACCUGCUCAAGUGCGUAAGAUCACAUUGACAACGAAGUCGCUCGCAGCGCAGUCCCCUAUCACACCUACAUUGAAGAUUAAGCAUAAGGGCCGCAUCCCUAAGCGACCACUCGGCUUGGGUUACGACUCAGAAUUGGAUGAGCGCGAAGCAGAUCCUACCAUCCUUGAAGCUUUCAUCUUACGAAUGCCACCGGGGCCUGAUGCUGACUACCUGAGGGAUGCGGUUCAACAUGGUACAAUCGGUGUGGCUCGAUCACAGGGAGGAGCAGACGUACAGAUGAAAUUCCUGGAUCGGUCGGGACGCCGGGGCCUAGUCAUAAUUCGUGGACAGAGAUGGGCGGCAACCCUCGUGGACUUACCCUGCAUCGUGGAGGGAAUGAAGAGCUGGGAUAAAAAGGGCUGGGUCAAGAGUGCUGAUAUCUGCCAGAUGCUGCUCGUUCUUGGCAAAGUGCAAAAUGACGAUCAGGCGAAAGACUAUCCUCUACCCGAAGAUGUCAACCAAGACACCUGGCAAUAUGCUCAUGGUCUGACUCCUCCAAUGAAGCACGUCCGUGCUAGGCGAUUCAAAAACACAAAAAGGACAAGCGUAAAUGCUAUUGAGGCGGUCGAGCGUAAGGUCAACCAGCUCUUGGCUGACGACGACAAUGCUGUGCACACAAAGUUUGAAUUGCUAGACCACGAUCCAGAAACUCGCAGUCUUGCGGAGUCCGAUACUGAAGGAGGCGAAGGAUACGAUGAGGGUGGAGAUGAAGAUGCCUAUGGUGAGGAGAUUGAUGGCGACUUUUUCGAUGAACAAAACGGCGCCCAUGCCGACGUUAUGGUUGAAACGCCGACAAUAAUUGAACCGCAGCCUUUACAAGAAGAAGACAAUGAUGACUUCAUUUUUAAAGAGCUCGAGGCUCAAGAACAAGCUGGAGCCGAAGAUCCCCUUCGACCUGCUAUCACUGGUCUUUCUGCUCCUGGGGUUGACGUUUCGAAUGCUAUCACAAGUACUUCUCCUUCUGUGGCUGACACUGCGGCCGAGACCCCUGCAGCAGCUGAGACUUCUGAGGCUGAUGAGGAAGAAUCAGAAGACUUCGACGCCGAAGAGGAUGAGUCCAUGGAUGAAGAGGAUCGUGAAGCCGCUGCUCAAAAACAAAAAGCCCGUGACGAGAUUCAGGAAUUGAAGGAGGAACGAAAGAAGCAGAUUGAUGAGCUCAAAGGCCAACGGAACGAAAUAUUGCGGGCGAAAUUGAUCCGGAGGAUCGAGCAGAUCAACGGAGAUAUGGAGACAGCUAGAAAGGCCGCUGGUUUGGAAGAAGAUGCAGAGGAUAGUGCGGAGGAGGAGUGA